GAGAGAGAGGGAUGACAGCUUGUCUUCCAUCCACAUUUUCAGAGGCAGCUAAACGGUUGAGCAUCACUUUAGAGGAGAGGAGUAAUCACUCCAUCCUGCUGUCUCAUCCGGGUCCUCUCCUCCUUUUAAUACUGACUUCAUCCCGAGCAGCAGCAGCUUGAAGCCUUAAAAACAAGAAGAAGAGGAGGAGGAGGAGGAGGAGGAAGAGGAGCUGGGUCCAGCGCUCCGUCUCCACCUGCUGCAGUUUACAGUUUGAUUUUCAUGUUUUCUCUGGUUCUUUCUCGGUCCUCGGGCACCAGGAGGAUGUUUGCGCUCCGACUCAACAAGUCGCUCUUCUUCUUCCCGCAUUAACUGUUGAUGGCUGCGGAAUGGAGAUAGCCUUGGUGAGCUUUGAGAACGGCGGCGCUAAAGGGAGCGCAGGAGGUGGAGGUGGAGGGAACAAUGCCGAGGAGAGCUGCCGGAACGCGCUGGACGUCCCUCAGCCGGGCUUGGUCCGCGGUGGACUGGGAGAGGACUGCGCUAAGGAGCUGAACACCCGGGGGAGUCCUCAGCCUCAGCCUCAGCCUCAGCAGCAGAGCUCCUGGAAGAUCAACGACAUGAACAACACGUUCAGCUGCAGCGAGAACGCCAUGGAUGCGCUUUUACGCGCGGACCACAGUCCACACCUGUUCGACGAGGACAUGCUGGACAUGGACAUGGACACGGAGAGCAACGAGAGGGUGCUCAUCAACAUAGCCGGACUCCGGUACGAGACCCAGCUGGGCACCCUCAACCAGUUCCCGGACACUCUGCUGGGAGACCCCGCCAAGAGGAUUAAAUACUUCGACCCGCUCCGGAACGAGUACUUCUUCGACCGCAACAGACCGAGUUUCGACGGGAUCCUGUACUUCUAUCAGUCCGGGGGGAAGAUCCGGAGACCCGUCAACGUGUCCAUCGACGUGUUCGCAGAUGAGAUCAGGUUCUAUCAGCUGGGGGAGGAGGCCAUGGAGAGGUUCCGAGAGGACGAGGGCUUCAUAAAGGAGGAGGAGAAGCCGCUGCCCCAGAACGAGUUCCAGAAGCAGGUCUGGCUCAUAUUCGAGUACCCGGAGAGCUCGAGCCCUGCGCGGGGCAUCGCCAUCGUGUCCGUGAUCGUCAUCACCAUCUCCAUCAUCACCUUCUGCCUGGAGACGCUGCCGGAGUUCAGGGACGAGCGGGAGCUGCCGGUGACCAGCCGGCUGGACAACAGCACCGCGCCCCGGCCCUCCCUCACCUUCACCGACCCCUUCUUCAUCAUCGAGACCACCUGCGUCAUCUGGUUCACCUUCGAGCUCAUCGUGCGCUUCUUCGCGUGCCCCAGCAAGUCGGAGUUCUCCAAGACCAUCAUGAACAUCAUCGACAUCAUGUCCAUCAUGCCUUACUUCAUCACAGUGGGCACGGAGCUGGCGGAGCAGCAGGGCCAGGAGCACCAGAACGGCCAGCAGGCCAUGUCCCUGGCCAUCCUCCGGGUCAUCCGCCUGGUCCGGGUCUUCCGCAUCUUCAAGCUCUCCAGACACUCCAAGGGGCUGCAGAUCCUGGGGCAGACCCUGAAGGCCAGCAUGAGGGAGCUGGGACUGCUCAUCUUCUUCCUCUUCAUCGGAGUCAUCCUCUUCUCCAGCGCCGUCUUCUUCGCGGAGGCGGACGAGCCGGAGUCUCACUUCUCCAGCAUCCCGGACGCCUUCUGGUGGGCCGUGGUCACCAUGACCACCGUGGGCUACGGGGACAUGAGGCCGGUGACGGUCGGGGGGAAGAUCGUGGGCUCGCUGUGCGCCAUCGCCGGCGUCCUCACCAUCGCGCUGCCGGUGCCGGUCAUCGUCUCCAACUUCAACUACUUCUACCACCGGGAGACGGACCAGGACCAGUCCUCCCUGAAGGACGAGCCCAACAGCGGCCGCGACAGUCCCGAGCCCAAGCGCAAGGGCAGCAAGUCGUCGAACAAGUCGCAGGAGGCGGAGAACAACGAGGCGGGCGGUUCGGCGGAGAAGGCGAACAUGAAGGCGAACAGCAGCAUGGACUUCAAGAGAUCCCUUUACGCGUUCUGCCUGGACACGCGGGAGACGGACCUGUAGCCCGGCCCGGGCCAGGCCGCGCUCCAAAGCCCCCAGCUGCGCAGAAUAAACCCCCGUUAAUGGGCUCUUAAGUCUUUGCACAUGGCAGUUGGAGGAUCAACACAUAGCAAUCCUGAAAAGUUUUAAGAGCGACGGGGUUUGAUUUAUAAAAAGCACAUUUAAUCCCCUCAUCUGGAGCAGAGAGGAGCAUGUGAUGCAACACGGAGGCCCUUUAACGAAGCACCUGAAACACCACGAAGAAGCUUCUGCUGCAGAUAAUCACGGAGGAGGAGUAAUUAGUGGACGGGGAGGAUUAACAGCAGCAUCAGACUGUUGUACAUAAAGAAGGAAGGAGUUCAAGUAGAGCCACAAAAGAAAAAAGCCAAAAUCUGUCCUCCUGUCAUGAUGUUUACGCUGAACACCUGUACAUAUCUCCACAGGCCUGCUCUCUGCGGAUCUGCUCUUAGUGUAGAUUAUUUACAGAAAAUACAUAUAUAUAUAAAUGAAAUCAUAUCUAGAGAGAAAUCUAUUUUUGAGCUGCAGACACCUGUUUUAUCUCCACUCAGGUUCUGUCCAGAGGUGAUUCAUAGACAGGAGUAACUCUCAGAGGACCUCAGCCUUGUUUCUGAUCCUUCUAAAGAACAGUUAGAUUUUUUUAAACUUAUUUAUUUUAAAACAAUAAAGGAAAAAGGACAAAACAUGGGAGUACGUCAACGUGAGGGAACGACAGCCAAGAACAGAAGAGAAGUCAGAUGAUCCGGAGAGACGGAGCAGCGUCCACAUCAGAGUUGAAGCCCCGCCCUCCAACCAUCAGGAGUCAAUCCCUCAUCAGGAAACAACAAAAUCAGCAUCUACAACCCUUUUUCUGAACUCUGUGCCUUCAACUAAGACUCACCAGUGAAGCUUUUCUUCUAGUUUUUCUUUGGAUCAGGACUCUGGGAGGAAGCUGCUUGAUGAAGGGGGGCUGGGGGUCGUGCUGCCGUCUCUCUGGAAGAAAAAACAAAAAGAAAGAACAAAAAAAAAAACAAAGAAAAAUACAACAACUAAUCUGAUCAUGUUAGCGUCCUAACGUGUUCCUUUUUUAAUUUCUACAAAUCGUGUCAGUGAUUUACUUCGUCUCAGAAGAAAUCCCUUCGCUGUGCAAUAUCAGUCACAUUUCUGUGGAGUCGUCGCGUGGACUUUGGAUGAACUUUUUGGUUUAUUUUUGUAACGAUGUUUUCCUGAUUUCUAUUUUUCUAAAGCGGUGUAGGACAGAGGAGGAGACGAACUCUUUUUAACGGAGACGAGAUGUUUGCUUGUUGGUGAAGAAGUUUAGUUUUCCUCCAAUAAACCCCCUCCCUGCGUGGACCAGGGCCAAAGCCAUAGCCUAUCUCAGAUAACACACAGCGAGAUGCAUUCAGGGUCUCUCAGUCUGGGACGGCCACCACAGCCUCGUCGCGCCGGCUUGUCUCAGCUGUUGGAUUUAUCGAGCGACGCUGCGUUCAGGGGCUUGAAUCCCGAGUAUUUAAUAUUCUCUACCUUAGUGUGGCCUGUUCUUCUCGCUGUUCUUUUUGUACUUCCUCCUACAUAUCAGUCGAGCAACUAUAGGUGGCAUGAUUACGUACGUGUGUGAGAAAAAAAAAACGAGUGAGUGUGUGUUUUUUUCCUGAAUGACGAGUAAAAUACUGUAAAUUCUCAAAUAAACGACAAAAUGAUGAUGAAGAAAUGAAGAAGAUUAGCAUCUUGAACAAACCAAAACAACUAAGUUUCUUCAGCCAUUCUUAUGAUUUGAUUUGUUUUUUACCUCCAUUAGAAACUGACGAACCCCAUAAAUAGUUCAGAGUUUUGGUUUAACUCUAACAUUUCAGUAUCAAAAGGACAUUUUUAGUCAUUUUGACCAUAAAAAGGUGAUAAAAUGUCCUGAGAGUAUAAGUGCUUUAACCCAUUUUGUCAGAAUACCUGAACCUUUCAAUACCUGUCAGUUUAGUAAAGUAAAAACCUUCUGGGAGAGACACAAGUGAAUUUACCGUAAUGACACCAUAAUGGCCGUAAAAGAGAAACGUCUCAGCUUUCAGAAACUGUUGGAAUUGUUGUGACGUAACUAUGGUAAUCCACAGUGGUCCUGCACAAACAUGCUGCUAGCAACACAAUUGGUUUGAAAGUGGUUCAGAAAGUGUUGUCAUGUGACUGUAGAAAAACAGGAGAACAGAACAGUAGAAACUCUUAGUUUAGUCUUAGUUAGCCCCAAUGCUAAUGUUGCUAGCAGUAGAUCGUUACCCUGGAACCAGACAAACUUCUGUAGUGGAAAGUUUAUCUGGAGUCUCUCUGUUGGGAAACCAAUUAGAUUUUCAGAAUCAUACAUGUCAUCUGAGUUAGCUAGACAAUUGUUCACCAACCAAUCAGAGAAAUUUAAACUAUCGGUUGAAACAUGACAUCCAAAUCAUUAUUUAUCAAAUAAAGUCUUUUAUCGUCCAUUUUAACCUUUCAACCAGCUCUGAAAUCAUCCAUCUGAAAGACUGGUGCAGCUUACCCCGCUAAUCGUUUCAUAUUGUGCCUUGUUAGCCACCUGCUAAUGUUAGCUUCACAAACUAGUUAGAAAAGAGGAAAUGCAAGUGUUGAUGUUCAUUCGUGGCUCAUAGAAACUAAAUGAGAUGUGGCUGACUAAAUUAAAACCUUCUGGAAUUAAUCUGUUUUCACAAAACAGUUAUUUUAGUAACCCCUCCCACCCAUUUCACACGAUUACAGGAAAUGUUGAGUUCAAAGGCAACUAAGAUAUAAAAAAGAAACUAGUUUAGUCGUCUCUGUUUGAGAGUUUACAGUUCACUUCCUGUUUCUAUUGUUUCCACCUCGUUCUCUGCAGUUGUGACUCGUGUUCUGUGUUUCCUUGAAGCUGCUAUCCCGGUACUGUGUAGAUCGGAGACAUCCGGCCUUAUCCCCGAAGUCCUGCCAACGCUCAGCUUUCCAUCACACACUCGGUUUAUCAUGAACUCCAUUAAACACACCAGCAGAGCUCUGCAUUCAGUCACAUACAGUCAGACCCUGUGAUUUUCCUUACACAAUAUGGCCAAAAUAAUGUGGACACCCAAUAUCCUCCCUGGUUUGUUCUCCUACUUUAAAAUGAUUAACGGCUCCUUCAGCUUAACUGAGGAAACCUGAACCACUGACUAAACUUAUAUUCAACCUGAUUAAUGAUCAGAGAUGAACCGUUUCCAUGGACUCUGAAUAAAAUGAUGUGAUAGGAUCAGAACAUGUGUUCACAUCCAAACAUCAGCCACCAGAGAAAAAAACAGCUGGGAACUGAACAGAGGAGGAGGAGGAGGAAGAAGAAGAAGUACAUCUUCAUGGUCUCUGUCCUCAUUGAUUUUAGCUUUGGUUCAUCUUUGUUUUUCUACCUCCACUUUUUUGUCGCUCCUGGAAACUCCUCAACCUGAUGUCCAUUUAUUUAUUUAUUAGCAGAGCUUCUGCUCCGGGUUCAUUCUGAUUAUUAGUGGAUACUAGAGUCCAUGGAAACACAUACCUCAUCAUGUCCUUCUUUCAUUUAUCUGACUAGAGACACACAAAAAGUUUCCUCCUGAUAAAACCCUCAGAAACAUCAGCUAAUUCAAGAGUUCCUCAAAUUUUUAAAUCUUUCUUGAAAAAAAAAAAAAGAAUAAAUAAAUAAAUCAUGUGUUUGUAGGCGAUUCUACAAAGUGUAAGUUCUUUUUUGAUGCAUGUUUUUGAUUGAAUUCAGCCUGACGUUCAUGUCCACCCAGUCGUGGAGUCGUUGGUUUCCCUCCGUCCCAGAACAAUGCUGCCAAAACUGGUCUGAAAAGCCAAAAGUUUCUCUGUGUAAAGUGGUUUAAGUGUUUCACAUGUGAAACCUCGUCCUGUUAAUGUUACACUGUGUUUUUAACAAAUGAAUCCUGUUUGUUAAACUGUUGAUAAUAUUAUGCAGAAGAGUUGAAAUAAACUAAAUCAGACUCAU